AUGUUGACUGUUUCAGGUGAAUGUCGAGAACUGUCGUUUCCAGAUUCCUUCUCCUUUACAGCUAAACGUCUGCAGAACCACGCAAUAAGAACUCAACAGGUCGCAGAUGUAGAUAGCUGCGAGCUCCUUUGUUUCUGGGAAUCUAACUGCGUCAGUAUUAAUUUCAAAGAGAAAACAAGGAGCUGUGAGUUGAACAAUGCAACUCAUCGAGGGUAUGGUUAUCACCUGGAAGACGAUGCCGACUACGUAUAUCAUGGAGCAGAAGUAAGAGUACAUCAUAACAUUUAUAUUUAGAUUUAGAUUUAGCCAAGCCAAAAGCGAAGCUCUCGUGGGAUUUUUGAGGAAAUGUCUUUCUAAAGCCUGCGAUCAGUUGAAUACCGUAACUGGGCAGCGGAAAAAUUAAAUAAAACACGUCACCUCAAUGAAUUUUUCACCUGAACCCGCGAUAAAGUCAUGUGACACUGGUCAGCAGAUACCCUAUUGUGACAGCUGUCAAUAGAUCAUAACAUGGAUGCGAGCAAGUAAGGCAUUUGACAUCCGCUAACAUGAACAAGCGGAAGUACGAACGGACGAUUUUGUCGGAACCAAAUUUCUUGGAUGCAUAGGUUGCAUGUUUACCAUUUACAAAGAGUUUCUAGAAAAUCCGGUUGGAUAAAGUAAAUGGAACAAAACGUUUUGGGUAGUUCCUGCGGAUACCCACACUUUCUUUCCUGUGUGCAGAUCGGAUGCAGAAAUAGACAACAGCACGUCUACUCGGAAGAUUUAGUCAGCACAACGGCAAAUGUGAACAUGAUAGAGCGCGGAAAGGUGAAAGCGAAUUGCAGAGCUUUAAUUAGCCUCUCUGCCAUGGGUCAUUUGGGUUUUUAGAUCUGCGCGAGCCUACGUCACUGUCGUCACCUUGUCUAAUUUGCCAUAUCUGCCGACGGUCCUUUGACUAUGGAGGAAAUUUUCGCAUGUCUUACCCAGACAAGUUUCGCUUUGAUUACUUAAAUUUGCUACAUCAUUUAAUACCUUUUCAUCUCAUUCACCGUUCAUUUGUUUCUUGAAAGAGUGCUUGUGACGUCAAUCCAUGCCAUAACAAUUCUACCUGCCAGUCGGGAUUUACAGACCAACGGUAUCGUUGCGUAUGUGCGCCGGGUUUUACUGGCGAAGAUUGUGGACAGGGUAAGAAUAAAAGAAUUGAAAACGAUUUUGUGUUUCUACCAUUCCUUCUAACACCUUUACCUGAAGAAUGCUGCUGAUUAAGAAGUAUUUUAAGAGCCAGCUGUGAUUUCAUUUGUUUGUGUUAGGCAAAAAAAGUAAAAUAAAGCUAGGGAGUACUCUUUAUGAACCCUUGCUAACAACUUUGUGAGGUCGUCAGGACGAACGAAAGCGCACCCAGGGACAGUUAAGAGGGCGGAAAAUUGCUUCAUAGAAAGAACAAAAAGAGCGCACAUGACGUUCCUAGUUUACUUGGCAACCGAGUUAAAGUGGAAAUAAUAAUACUAAUAAAUUGAAUAAAUACUCCUUUUUCCCUAACCUCACACACAGAUCUUAACUACACAAGCGCACUUUUCUGUUACAAGAGUACAGUUGACAAAGUACUUUUUUCAUGACAAAACAAAUGAAACAAUGAUUAUUUGUUCUUGGUUCAGAAAUAUUGUGAUUCACAGACACAUGACUAUGCAUUAGGCGUUGUUUAGAGACAAUUCAGUGGGAUCGCCUGGCUGUUGUUUGCUUGGUAGCUUUAAGCGAGCAACUUCUUUCAAAUUUAGUCCUGUGUCGUUUAUUAUUAUAAAGAGUUUUUCCUUAUCUCAAAUAUUUCAAUUUGCCCAGAUGUCGACGAAUGCAGUGCCUUUUCCUCCAUCUGUGAUAUAAAUGCCAUCUGUCGGAAUAGUGAAGGAUCUUAUCUAUGUUCAUGUAAGGAGGGGUUUGCUGGUGAUGGCAAGGCUUGCAAAGGUAAAGCGAAUAACCUAUAA